AUGGCAAAGAGGAAAGCUGGCGUGAACGACAUAAUUUAUGAAUUAAGUAACGAAGAUCUAUCUGGAAGCAGUGAUGAUGAACAUAAAAUAACCAAAACUAAAAUAUCCAAACCAAAUGACGAGAACAAAACGUCCAGUGUACAGAAUAAACAUGCAAUAAAUAUCGGUUCUCAAAAUGGAGGGAAAAACGACACUUGCAAAUUUAAAAUAGAUUCUACGGUCUCUUUAAAUAAUUCUAUACAUAAUACGAAUUGCUCAAAUGACAAUGGAAAGAAAAGCAAUACAGACUCAAUAUUUAAUAAAGAUAUAGAUUCACCAGAUUUUGGUGAUGGUUGUGUAAGUAGGGCGCCGUUAGUAAGCGUACGUUUUAAAGACAACAAAUUAGCAAAGGCAUACAAGACAAAGAUUAAGAAGUUUAUGCUAGACUUAAUAAAAUUGCAUGAUAGUCAAAGUUUCAAUAUUGAUAGCGAUUCAGAUAUAGAACUUGACAUUUGGCCAGAAGACUUUGAAGAAGAAGUUAGAAUACAAACACCACCUCCUGUAAUUGAUAAUAAUUUGUUCUUCAUUGAUACGGACCCAAAUAAUGUUGAUGUCCAAAUUCCCAUGUAUAAAAAGGCAUCACAAUCAAUUUCAAAUAAUCCUGUGGAAGAAAACAGUGAUAACCGUCCAGUGCGCUCACAGUUUGUUUGUUUUAAUUGUGAUGGGGAGCACCAAUUGAAAGAUUGUCCAAAGCCCAGAAACCACGCAAGGGUUGCAGAGAAGAGAAGGAAUAUGGGUGUCAAACUUGGGCGUUACCAUGUCGAAGAUGAUCAAAAAUAUGGGCAUUUGAUACCAGGACGAAUAUCAGGGCAGUUACGCUAUGCUCUGGGGCUAAAACGAUAUGAGUUACCAUUGCACAUAUACAGAAUGAGGCUCUUAGGCUAUCCCUGUGGUUGGAUGGAGGAAGCAAAAAUCUUGCCAUCUGGCAUAAACAUGUUUGAUUCGUCAGGUACAAGGAUACUUGAACCAGAUGAAGAAGAGGGUGAGGUCUCAGAACCAGGUUCUAAAGAUUUGUAUGACAUAAAGAAGAUACUGGAUUUCCCAGGUUUUAAUGUUCCUGCCAGCUCUAAGUAUAUGGAGGAAUCACAUCUCUAUGGUCUUCCACCAAUGUCCGAGGAGGACAGUAAAAUUUUGAUGCUACAGCGUUUAGCACCAAAUGCCAUGAAAGCAUACAAGCGCAAGAAACUUACACUUUUCCCUUCUUCAGCUAAUAAUUCACAGGAAGGUCAGGCUGAGAUGGAGCUAGAUAGUGGAGAUGAAAUUCCAGAAUUCCCAUCUGUACCUCCGUUACCGGAUGAAGAACCACCAAAAGCACCUUCUCCACCGCCUCUUCCUCCAGGUACACCUCCUGCACCACCUCCGCCAGAGAAACCCAACAAACCAGAGACAAAACCAGAAAUCAUAGUUGAAAUUAUGGAUAGAGACACAGAUACAGAUAAUAAAUCACUUGACGAUAUAGAAAUUGUUGAGGUAAUGCAAGUUCCAGAUAUACCAAUGCCUGAGGAUGAUUUAAUAACGAUUGACGAAGAUGAUGAAAUAUCCUUCAUUAGCAGCGACCGUAAUAGCCCGACCAUUGACGAUUUAGAAGCUAAAAAACAGCAGCUGUUAGAUGCUAUUAACAACGCUGACGUUACCACUGAUUCUGGCACAGACACAGAUGCUAUCAAGGAAAUAAUGUCUGAUAAAUCACGCGGCACUGCGGACGACAGUGUUAUAAUCUUAGAUGAUACGCUUAUAGAAUCCGAUAAAGAAGUUGAAUUUAUUGAGAAUGACAAAAUUAUAGAAAAGCCAACUUGUACUGAAGAUCUAAAAUCUGGUGAAACUACAGAUACAAAAAUCGAUAACGAGACGAGACCUUCAGACGCAAAUAACACUAGGGAAGAAAACGAAAGCAGUGAAAAUGCAGUUGAAAAUUUACCAAAAACUGAUAAAGAAAUAGAAGCAGCAGAUGCUACGACAUCAGACGAUACAGAAACUGCAAGCGCAACGACCAGCAAAGAUGAACAUACUUCAGAGGAGAAAACCACAACAGAUGUAUCAAUCAGCAAAGGUGGUGCUGAUACAAAAAGUGGCGAAGACGUUACGCUUCACAAAACCGGCAACGAUACACACACGCCAGACGCGAAAACCGGUAAAGUAAGAGAAACCCACUACGGAGCACCCAUUAUGAACAUUGCCUCGCCCUACGAGAAGCUGCCAAGCGACGAUAAGUUCGCGAAAGACAUCUGUGACGUCAUCAAUUUCGAGAACCUGCCGAACUCGACAGGUAAGUACAAAAAGAUCAGUAGCCUGCUAAAGAAAGUGAAAAGCGAAGUGGAUAGGAUACAAGAGUCAUGA